AGCCCGCAAAAGGCGGAAGUGUGUGCUUCGGCCGUCCGGGAAGCCGGGCGGAGGUGUGCUUGGUUGGCACCUGGCGGCUAUUCCGAGUCUGGGCGCGGGGACACGGAGGCGGUCGAUAAGAGCGAGUGACCGGUAGACGAUGCCAUGAAGCGGCUGCGCGGCCUGGCGGGGUGUGUGGGUUGACGGCCCCCGCCGCCUUCGCGCGAGGCCGCCUCCUCCAGGCAGCCGCCCGUCCCUGUCAGGGCCUCGCGCCCUGCCGUAGUCUCCGCGCCUCGCACCCGGGCCCUGGGGGUCCCCGGGCCCAGACCUCGUGCUAUGACGGCGGCCGUCGCCUCCAACUGGGGGCUGAUCAUGAACAUAGUAAACAGCAUAGUAGGGGUUAGUGUCCUCACCAUGCCCUUCUGCUUCAAACAGUGCGGCAUCAUCCUGGGGGCCCUGCUGCUGGCGUUCUGCUCGUGGAUGACCCACCAGUCCUGCAUGUUCUUGGUGAAGGCCGCCAGCCUGAGCAAGCGGAGGACCUACGCGGGCCUGGCGUUCCACGCCUACGGGAAGGCCGGGAAGAUGCUGGUGGAGACCAGCAUGAUCGGGCUGAUGCUGGGCACCUGCGUGGCCUUCUACGUUGUCAUCGGCGACCUGGGCUCCAACUUCUUUGCUCGGCUGUUUGGGUUUCAGGUGACCGGCCCCAUCCGCGUGCUCCGCCUCCAGAUGACCGGCCUUGUCCGCCCACUCCUGCUGUUCUCGGUGUCGCUGUGCAUCGUGCUGCCGCUGAGCCUGCAGCGCAACCUGAUGGCCUCCAUCCAGUCCUUCAGCGCCAUGGCCCUGCUGUUCUACGCCGCCUUCCUGCUUGUGGUCCUGCUGUCCUCACUCAAGCACGGCCUCUUCAGUGGGAAGUGGCUGCAGCGGGUCAGCUACGUCCGCUGGGAGGGUGUCUUCCGCUGCAUCCCCAUCUUCGGCAUGUCCUUUGCCUGCCAGUCGCAGGUCCUGCCCACGUACGACAGCCUGGUCGAGCCGUCAGUGAAGACCAUGAGCUCCAUAUUUGCUUCCUCCCUCCACGUGGUGACCAUCUUCUACGUCAUGGUGGGCUUCUUUGGCUACGUGAGCUUCACCGAGGCCAUUGCUGGCAACGUGCUGAUGCACUUCCCCUCCAACCUGGUGACGCAGAUGAUCCGUGCCGGCUUCAUGAUGUCGGUGGCCGUGGGCUUCCCCAUGAUGAUCCUGCCCUGCAGACAGGCCCUGAGCACGCUGCUGUUCGAGCGGCAGCAAAAGGACGGGACCUUCGCCGCAGGGGGCUACAUGCCGCCCCUGCGCUUCAAGGCGCUCACUCUCUCGGUGGUGUUCGGGACCAUGGUCGGCGGCAUCUUGAUCCCCAACGUGGAGACGAUCCUGGGCCUCACGGGCGCGACCAUGGGGAGCCUCAUCUGCUUCGUCUGCCCCGCCCUGAUCUACAGGAAGGUCCACAAGAACACGCUCUGCUCCCAGGUGGUGCUCUGGGUCGGCCUGGGCGUCCUGGUGGUCAGCACGCUCACCACCCUGUCAACGAGCGAGGAGACCCCCGUGGACUUGGAUUUGGCCAAGGAAGCCCCCGGCGGUCGGCACGCGGGGGCCGAGGGUGUGAAGAAGGAGGAGGCGCCCCAGCUCCCAGGCCAGAACCCCGGCGCAGAUGUGGCCGCGGACAGCCCUGACGAGCCGCAGCCGCCUCGGGAGAAAGACGAGAUGGAGCAGGCCCAGAUUAAGGGCCCCGUGGACGUGCCCCUGAGGGAGGACGCCAAGGAGAAGCAGGAGUCGGCACAGCUGGACCGGCCCGGGCAAGGCGUGGUGGCACCCAUGGGAGAGGCCCACCGCCACGAGCCCCCUGUCCCUCACGACAAGGUGAUGGUGGACGAAGGUCAAGACCGAGAAGGGCCGGAGGAGAAUGAACGUUCACACGUGGAUGAAAAGGCUCCUGGGGCCAAGGGUCAGAUGGCGCCACCCCUGCCGGAUCCAGAAGGAGGGAGACGCGAGCAGGCCCAGGCCUUGGGGGCAGCGGCGGGCCUUCCUGGAGAGCCCCAGGAGGUUGCACAAGGAAACGGUCAGCCGGCCGCGGAGCCUGUGGAGGAGGACCCGAGGCCAGGUGGCAGGGGUCUGCACCCAGGGCCCCAGGCAGGGCUCCCUGAGGGGCCGGACGCCCUGGGGGCAGGCGCCCUGGACGGAGGCGAUGGCGUCCCGAUGCCAGACCAGGCCGCAGGAGCCGCAGACAGGCCGGCGGCCAGGCAGCCCGGCGGGAAGCCAGCUCCCGGGGCCAGGCAGCAGGCGGAGCCCGGUGGUCAGAGGAACUCGGAGGGACAGGCCGGAGGCCACGCCGGCAGCAAGUUGGAGGCCGAAAUCCAAAAGAUAGUCGCAGAAGCCGGGAGGGCGGAGAUGCUGGACCACGCCGUCCUGCUGCAGGUGAUCAAGGAGCAGCAGGUGCAGCAGAAGCGCCUCCUGGACCAGCAGGAGAAGCUGCUUGCGGUGAUCGAGGAGCAGCACAAGGAGAUCCACCAGCAGCGGCAGGACGGGGAGGAGGUGGACAUGCAGCCCGAGCCUGGGGUGGCGGCACCGCGGAGGAAGGAGCAGGAGGCCCACAUCGCGGGGACAGUGGCGCAUCCCCCUCUGCAGCCUUUGGAACCUGAGCAGGGGGCUCCAGAGCAGCCCCCUGCUCUGCCCCAGGGACACAGCCAGCGCUCCCUGGAGGAUCCCAAGGGGGCUGCAGGCAGAGCCCCAGCCGGUCCUCCUGGUGUGCUUGACCCCGGGCUGGGGGAGGCCCAGGGCGCCGAGCCCAGGGGGGCUGUGGUGCAGGAGCAGGUCCCAGAAUCAGACCUCGCUGGGGCACCUGGGAGUCCAGAGAAGCGUGACACCGGGGACCAUGCUGGGCAGAGUCGGGAUGUUGCUGGCGGAGGCUCCCAGGAGAAGGACAAAUCUGGAAAGGAGGUGGCAGCCGCUCGUGCCAAUGCUCAGGAGGAGGCGAGGGCAGAGGCCGGGGACCCUCACCUGCAGCCCCAGCAAGGGGGCCGAGAGCAGAGACCGGCAGGCCUGCCCAGCAGGUUGGGAGGGGAAGUGCCGGGGGCCCAGGCCGUGUCCCGGCAGCCGGAACGCCCGGCCAUCUCUGCCAGGGCUCAGGGAGGCCACCCAGAGGCAAGAAAGGAUGUCCUUGGUGGGGACCGUGUGCCCGAUCACGAGGACACUGCCACCCAAGAGCCUGGGCAGAGGCUGGACCCCGCGCUUGGGCCCAAACCGGCUGCACCUGGAGCUCCGAAGCUGGACAAUGCCAAACCCAACCGAGACCUGAAAGUCCAGGCCGGUGCUGACCUCCGGCGGCGACGGCGGGAUGUGGCUCCGCGGGAAGGCGGCAGGCUGGCCCCCAGAGAGGGGGUCAUCAUCAGCUUCCACCCCCUGUCUGAUGUGCAGGUCGGCGACCUCCACAGCCCCCUUGAUGCCCAGCUUCAUCAGCCUGUGGGCGGCGCUUUGCAGGUGGUCCACAGUCGCCAGAUCAAGCAGCUGCCGGGGGCCCCAGAAGAGGCCUGAGUGUUCCCAAGUGCCCACCAGCCUCCUGGCCAGGUGGUCCCCUCCAGGCUUGGCUGGGCCGCCCCAAAGGGGCGGUCUGAGGGCCAUCUGGCACUUCCUCUCCCAGAAAUGUGUCUGCCGUCUUGGACACCACUGCUAACCUGUCCAGUGGCCACCCGCUGGACUCCUUGUGACCGCCCCUCCACAUUCUGAGAGAGCGGGUGCCAUGCAGCUGUGGGACCCAUGGGCAAGGGCUGGUGCUGCCCGGUGCUGCUCGUCCCGGCACACGGCUGCCCAGACCCGGUCUGGCUGCACCCCUGUGCUUGCCUCGAGUGCUGAGUCUCGUUCAAAAUCUGAAUAAACAUCCUGCCUUUC